UCGAACAACAAAAGCGCGCCAAGAGCGAAGUGGGAUACGACACAGACCAAAACAUGGCAUCUACGAGCAAGACAGCCGUUCAGACCAGGAAUUUGCCAUGGGUUGAAAAGUACAGGCCACAAACCCUGGACGAUUUAAUCUCUCAUCAAGAUAUUCUAAGCACAAUUCAGAAGUUCAUCAGCGAAGACAGACUGCCUCAUCUGCUGUUUUAUGGGCCUCCAGGAACAGGAAAGACCUCCACCAUCUUAGCAUGUGCUAAGCAGCUCUACAAGGAUAAAGAGUUCAACUCCAUGGUUCUGGAGCUCAACGCUUCAGAUGAUCGUGGCAUAGAUGUGGUUCGAGGCCCCAUCCUCAGUUUUGCCAGUACCAGGACUAUUUUCAAGAAGGGUUUUAAAUUGGUGAUUCUGGACGAGGCAGAUGCAAUGACCCAGGAUGCUCAGAAUGCUUUAAGGAGAGUGAUUGAGAAGUUCACGGAGAACACUCGCUUCUGCUUGAUCUGCAACUACUUGUCUAAAAUCAUCCCAGCACUUCAGUCUCGAUGCACACGUUUUCGUUUUGGCCCUCUCUCUCAGAACCAGAUGAUCCCCAGGCUAGAGCAUGUUAUCCAGCAGGAGAGCAUCAACAUCACUCCAGAUGGCAUGAAAGCUAUUGUGACCCUGUCAUCAGGAGACAUGAGGCGGUCAUUGAACAUUUUACAGAGUACUCAUAUGGCCUAUGGGAAAGUGACCGAGGACACUGUGUACACGUGCACAGGACAUCCGUUACGUUCAGAUAUCGCCAACAUAUUGGACUGGGCCUUGAACAAAGACUUUACAACGGCAUACAACCAAAUUCUACAGCUAAAAACUCUGAAAGGUCUAGCACUGCAUGACAUUUUGACAGAGGUGCAUCUACUCAUACACAGAGUGGAUUUUCCUCCUUCCAUUCGAAUGGGCUUGCUUAUCAAGCUUGCUGACAUUGAGUAUCGGCUUGCGUCUGGGACCAACGAGAAGAUUCAGUUGAGCUCAAUGGUGGCAGCUUUCCAAGCAGUUAGAGAUAUAGUGGUCAGUGAUGGCUAGUCUAGUUGACAGCACACCAAACCUCCCAUGCCUUAUUUUUGCUAAUGACACUAGAGGUCAUUAGUGAGUUUGGUCUUCUGACGAGUUGAGGACGGAUUACAGCAGUUUGGAAUUCCGAAAAAGAAUCCAAUGUUCAAGUGAUCAAGUUUUCAUUAAAGAAAAGUAUUCAACAUCUCGCAGUUCUAUAGCAGCAGGAUAUUAUGUAAAAUUUGUCCAUAAAUAAAUAUUUCUUGUGCUUCAUAA